AUGGUUGAUGAUCAGGUUUGGCAGAGAGACUAAGCUCGACAGGCACGAUCCCAGCCGGAGAGAAGCAGAAAGCGAGAGAGGGAGGCGGCGACUAAAGAGUACAGGAGUGUCCUGCAAAUUUACUAUCAUACCCCUAGACAUACAUAGCGGAGGAUGGUGAAGGAGUGCUGUCGAAAGGGCUGCGUCAAGCGUCCAAGCUACGGCAAGUACGGGAGCACCAAGGCCGAGUACUGCGCCCAGCACGCGGAGGACAACAUGAUCGACGUGAGGAGCAAGCGGUGCGGCCACGCCGGUUGCACCACGCGACCGAGUUACGGCAUCAACGGGACUACCAAGGCGCAGUUCUGUGCCACACAUGCGGCAGACGGUAUGGUGAACGUCCGCUCCAAGAGGUGCAACCACCAAGGUUGCACCACCAGGCCAAGCUACGGCGUCGACGGCACGAAGAAGGCGGAGUACUGCACGCGGCACGCGCUGGCCAAUAUGGUCGACGUCCGCAGCAAGAGGUGCGGCCGCCAGGGGUGCAACACGUGGCCCAGCUACGGCGUGGAGGGAAGCAACAGGGCGGUGUUCUGCGCUCGGCACGCGGAUCCCCAUAUGGUGGACGUCUGCAACAAGAGGUGCGGGACUCGAGGUUGCACGAUCCGACCAAGCCACGGCUUCGAGGGCAGCUCCGCCAAGCCCGAGCUGUGCCAGCGACAUGCGGAGCCCGGUAUGAUCGACGUCCGAAUCAAGAGGUGCGGUCACCGGGGUUGCGAGCACCCGCCGACCUACGGCGCUCCGGGCUCCGCCGUUCCCGUGUUUUGUCAACGGCACUCGCAAGUUGGGAUGGUGCGCACACGGCUGGCCAAGUUUCGGAGCACCCGUGCGCCGGCUCUCCCCCCUCCUCGACCGUCACCACCACCAACAACAACACCACCGCUGCAGCAGCGGCAGCAGCAGCUGCCCAUCGUCGCUUCUGCCUUCCGCCCCUCCGCCUUCCCUGCUCCCGCUGCUGCUCCUAUUGCUGCCGCCGCUUUCUCUGGCGGCGGUGGCGGCCCUUGCAGUAACGGCGGUGGAGCGGUAGGGGUGAAGGGCCAACCGGCCAGGCUCGACGGCAGCGGUGGCGAUGUCGGCGGUGGUGUUGGCGGGGCGUGGCGCCCUGGCGGAAUCGCAGCAGCGGCGGUGGGGGGAACGGAAGGAAUCUCAGCGGCGGGAGGAGUCGGAGUGGUAGUAGGAGCGGCGGCGGCGGUAGGCGGGGGAGGUAGUGGGGGAGAACACGGCGGCAGCCCCGCCGCCGCCGAUGCGGAUGGAGCCGAAGACCUGCUGCUGGCUCUAAGCGGCAAGACGGCUGGGAGCUGGAGAACCCCCGAGCCAUCAACAAUCAGCAGACCCUCCGAGCCACCAGCAAAGCGUCAGAAGCCAGAGGAGGAUGACAAUGAUCGGGACAGCGGCGACAACAAUGGCGACAACAACGGCGAUGGGGAUGGGAAUGGGGAUGAUGACCAGCCGAAGCACGACGUCUGGGGAGAGGAGGAGGAGCAGGCAGAAACGCGACCGCAAAGUAUUGAUAGUACGUAGACCACGAUACACACAGCCAGCUGCAAUGGUCCAUCGGAUACCGCGGUGUCGUCUGGAGGCGUUUUUUCGGCCGCGGGGGGAAAGGCGGCAUUAUAUUCGUGUGUGCGCUUUUUCCUUGAUGGCGGUGUGACGCUUCCCUUGUCCACACGCGAGUCUCGGUCGAGACGCGCGCCGUCCCCCCGAUAGAAGCACACUUUUAACACUAUAGUAGCCCCGUUCGUUUCGACACCCGUUGGAGGCACAUCCACAAGGGUUUGUGCGAUGCUCGUGUCCGACAAGGGCAGGGUAAGGGGCGACGUAGCGGGCGGUCUCGAUCGGGACUGGUGCCUCGGGGAGAAGCAAGCCCUGAGAGCUGACGCGGGGAACCCAUGCCGUUCCCGUAGAGAGGGUUUUGAUUUCCAGCUACUGCUUUUCUUGAAAGUAGGAAAGUAGGUGCGAAUACCGUUUGGAGAAGGGAGUGGUAGGCGGCGAAUAGACGGAAGACUGCUGUUAUGAUGGUUCUUCUUAUAGCUGUAGAGUGCAUCACCGUUGUGCAGGGCCUGUCGAGAAAGAUUUGGGGUUGUUUUUCUGUGGUAUCCUUUUUUUUUGUUUCCUCCAUUUCCUUUUUUUUUUUUUGCAUCGAUCAUGUCUUGCGCGCAAGCCGAACAUGACACUGCAUGAUAGCACUCACUUCUCUCGCUCUUUCUUUUUCACACUGUCCCUUCAUAUGCAACAUGCUUGAAGUCAGCCCGCAGGGGUGACGCGUUUCGAGGACCGAAAUGCCUUGUCGACUCGUUUGCAGAACAUCGGGGUUUCUUCUCGUAAAAAUAAUUCACAGUGACGUACUAUAUAUUGUUCACGGUGAAUGAAGUUUAGCCUAUAUUGGUUACAUUACCUGCUGUCAAAGCUGUCAAAGGUUGUGUAGGGUAUGGGCUUGCUUGCGUCGUUGUACCAAGGCGUUCUAGGUGGUAGACCACGCUAUUGACGUAGUAUGAAGUCGAACUUUCGGGGUGGUCAGUUGCCAGUUGCCGGCCCUGCUCGCGGAGGUGCCCUGAGGACGCCUGUUGUAACAAAAAACGGUUCUGUGGCAUGAUAGGUGUUGUGUUUGAUGUGCUCUCCGUAUUCGUAUGUAAUCGGCAGUAAACUCUGUUCGGUUUUUGUGCAUGGGUGUGUGUUUUUGUUUUCGUUGCAGACCAACGUUGGGCACUCGCUGCACGGCGGUUUUAUUGUGUGCGUGAACGGUCCUUGUUUGAU